UUAAUGCUAGUGCGAUACAGUGUAUCGACCUCGCGUUCAACCAUUGUCAACAAAUUCAUUUUUAAUAUGAAUGGGGCUAUUUAUGUCUGUCUCGUUAGUGUUUUGUGGGCCCUCAUGAAUGGACUUGCCAUUCAAGAGGGUAAUGUAGAAUCGAUGAUGGUGUACUACGAUCCCAAAACUCGCAUUCCUUUUCGAAUGACGUCUAUUGAGAACAGCUUGACGAACACGUCAAGUGCGAAUGACCAAUCAUCUACGAAGUCGAGGGGCGUUCUCCGUAGAAUUGGUUUUAGGAGUAAUGGAUGCACUUGUCAGGAGCUAACAUGUGGCUGUUGCCUCGGUUUAAAAUUAGAUCAGUUCAAUUUCAACCGAGAGGGCUGUAUGAAUUUUACUUACGAUCCCAUGGAGUUUGCGAUUAACAUGAACAUGUUUAUGGAUGGGAAUUCAAUUUACGCCAACUCGGUUUCGGCGAGAAAUCCACCACCUCUGUGCAUCCCCGUCCCGCUUCCCUACAUCCCGAUAUCGAUAGAAGGAUGCGCCAAAUUAUUCGAUAUUUACACGCCCGGCCAAAAUUUACACAUGUGUUUUGAUUUCGAAACGCGGGUUCAGAAAGCUACUGUUCUGGUAUUACAUUUCGACUGCAUGAGGAUGGGAAAUGAUGGAGUGGCGCUGGUUAAACCCGGCGAUAUGGAAAUACUCCCAUCUUCCACCACCGAAAAUCAGAUAGACUCGGAUGUUUAUGACGAGGUCACGGAAAUUAAAUACAGUAAACCAAAACCUUAGAAUUGUACUUCAGCGCUCGUUCGAGAAAAUAGACGAUUUAUCUCACAUCACUCUUCAUUAUUUAUUGAUUUAGUUUAAAGUUGUAACGUGAGGUGGAUUGCAAUCGUUCUAUUGAUGAUUUAUUACUCAAAUAAAAACUUAUAAAAGUUAAA